CCCAAGGAGGAGGGAGAAGAAGAAGAAGAACUCGUCAUUGGGACACGAUCCGUCUCUGUACCGGUUUUGAGUCUGGUUGCAUUGAGAAGUGAUCUGUGGAAGCAGCAGCGAGUGAACUGAAGGAAAAUGGGCUCCAAUCCUAAAGUUCAUUCCUUCGAUGAGGUGGCCGAGCACAACAGCCGCACCGAUUGCUGGCUUAUUAUCUCCGGCAAGGUCUAUGAUGUAACUCCUUUUCUGGAGGAUCAUCCUGGAGGGGAUGAAGUCUUGCUAAACAACACGGGGAAAGAUGCAACUGAUGAUUUUGAAGAUGUUGGUCAUAGUGAUUCUGCAAAAGAGAUGAUGGAGAAGUAUUUUAUUGGCGAAGUCGACAGCUCCACUCUUCCAGCAAAGAGUGAGUACACUCCACCAACACAAGUGCCUUCUGGCCCGGUCCAAUCUUCUGGGAUUGUGAUAAAAAUCUUGCAGUUUUUGGUUCCGCUGCUGGUCUUAGGCGUCGCCUUUGCACUAAGGUACUUUGGCAAAAAAGACUAAUUAGAUGUCUGAUGAAUUAGAGUGUUUAGAUGAAGCCAUUGUAUGAAAUGCCAGUGAUCAGGUAGUUUUAUAGCAUCAGAAGAUUGCACUGUGCAUGAUCUGGUUAUAUAUAUGUGACUAGCAGCUGAAAAUCAUGACGCCAAUGCUGCUUAGCUUGACGUGUUGCUUCUCUAUCGGAAUUGUACUCUCUAAGUCUUUAUGUCUGGAGAAUAUAAUUGUGUCUCGCCUCAGUUUAGGCUA